ACCAGCCAGAGUAUUUCCAGUUCGCCAAGAUAACAGAGGGAUUCAUGAAGUCACAUAUGGAGAUCACACCCAGGAGAGAACAAUAUUCAAGGCGUAUUUUUCAUUAUUUUUUCCAUUUGUGCUCACUCAAAAGAGUUCCCUGUUUUUAAGUUAGCUGAAAUAGAUGCCAUUGCCUAUCUUACACCAUCGAUACUUUUUAUGCUACGUGUAACUAAUAUGAUGGUAUAGCCGGAUAGAAUUACAUGCUUUCAAGCUCAGACAGAAUUAACUAGUCAGCAAGACGAGGUCCAAUUUGUUUAGUAUAUCUACAAGAAUCAUCGUGAUAUGUUACUCGUGUAACUUUAUAAUACGAAACAAUGGGCUUAUACUCAUAGAAUAAAAAAAAUCUAAAAAAAAUAUAUAUAUAUAUUUUUUGAACCCAAUAAAGUCUGGAUAAAAUAUUAUCUGUGUGGAAAACAGUAAUUUUAAGAUGAUAGUUGUAUAAAAUGUCUGACCUCUCUAUUUCUCCUACUGCAACACUUCAAGAUACAUCUGAGGCUUCGCAAACUAGGCGUUCAGAAAUUGCGAACAGAGAAUCAAGCAUCAUUAAAAAGAGAGAAAAGAGUACCGAAGAAUCAUCUAAUGCUGCGAUACACCAUCUAGAAAAAAGAGAAACUUCAGUUAGGCUUGGAUUAGGUAUUGGAAGCGGUUUUUCUUCUCUUACUUCUACCAGAAAGGAUUAUUCUGAGGACGUUACUCAGACUACUCAAACAAAGACGAAGCAGCCUAAAGCAGCAUGGAAAACAUCUAGGUUUUUCAGUAGAACUUUAUCAUCAGGAGAGCUAUUAAAAAGUUUAAAAAAAUUAUCUACGUCUUCUUCUGAGGGAAAUGAAACAGAAGUCAAAUUUAACGAAGCGAAACUUUUGAAGACUAAACUUAAUAUUUUUCGAAAACGAUCUGGCAGUGAUGAAGGAUCAAACGAUUCCCAAACUGGAAUACAAACUGCUCAGCAGGUCUCAUCUGAAGAAGCUGCUUCAUGUCAGACAUUAGGUCAAGAAGAAGGCAUUGUUUUUAAGAGAGAAGAUUUAAUUUCCAUAAUUCAACCCAUGCCUGAGGAAGUAUUAGGCUGUAUUACAAAACGCACCCCUUUACGUUACACAAGAUCAGAAACUGUUGAUUCUUCUAGUAUUCAAAAGUCAGAAUUUUCCCCUUGCACUCCCGAUAUUUUCAGGAAACGGAUAAAGUCACGAACAAAUCAGCGGAGUCUUAGUGAUGAGAGAAAGAAAGAGGUAAGAGAAAUGGCAAAGAAAAUUCCAAAAAAUAAUAUAUCAGAUGAUCAAAAACCAAUUGAAGAUCAAGAACAAUCGUCGAGUACAAAAGAAAUCGUCAACCAAGAAACACCCGGACAACUUGAAAGUGAACAUGGUACUGUCUUAUGGGAUGAUGGCAAUGUUCUGAAUGCUAUGUUACUAGGAGAUGCCAUUGAGUCUUUUUUAAAGGGAUCAAUGAGUAGUGGUGGGGGAUGCGAAAAAAGAGUAUCUUUUAAAAAAUCGUAAGUCCUAAAAAGAUUAAAAAUUGUUUGUAUUUUUAUGCAUGAAAAUGAG